AUGAAAUCCCCCCCAGCUUUGAGAUUAAGCUACCAUCAUCUCCCUUCACAUUUGAAGCGGUGCUUUGCAUAUUGUUCUAUACUGCCAAAGGACUAUGAAUUUGAGGAGGAGGAGUUAGUCUUCUUAUGGAUGGCAGAAGGCCUUCUUCAGCAACAAAAUGGACAGAAGCGAAUGGAAGAUUUAGGAGUCGAAUACUUUCGUCAACUGCAGUCGAGGUCUUUUUUCCAACCAUCAAGUGGUGGUGAAAGCUCAAAAUUUGUGAUGCAUGACCUCAUCAAUGAUUUGGCUCAGUCAAUUGCAGGAUAUACUUGUUUUAGAUUGGAGGAUAAAUUGAAGGAUCAGGAGCAAUGUAGAAAAUUGAAGAGUGCUCGACAUUCAUCUUACAUGCAAAGCAACUAUGAUGCAAUCAAAACGUUUGAAACUUUUUAUGAAGCCGAGAAUGUAAGGACCUUCUUACCAUUGUCCUUAAGUAAAAAUAGAUAUUGUUUUUUGACAAGCAAAGUUCCCCUUGAUCUGUUGCUAAAGAUGAAACACCUAAGGGUGUUGAGUUUGAGUGGAUAUCACAUUGGUGAACUUAUUCCAAAUUCGAUUGGAGAUUUGAAACGUUUGCGAUAUCUGAACUUUUCCUACACCAAUAUCAAAACAGCACCUGAAUCAUUAGGUACCCUAUACAAUCUACAAACUUUGAUGCUAAGAGGUUGUCUAGAAUUGAAGAAAUUGCCUGCGGACAUAGGAAACCUAAUCAACCUACGCCAUCUUGAUAUGAUUGAUUCAAAUUCCUUAGAAGAAAUGCCACGAGGAAUUGGUAAGUUGACAAGUCUCCAAACACUAUCCAAUUUUAUUGUUAUGAAGGACAAUAGGUUUCAGAUAAAAGAGUUGGGGAACCUUAUUCAUCUUGGAGGGAGACUUUGCAUAUCGGGUAUAGAAAAUGUGGUUGAUACUUCGGAUGCAAGAGGGGUGUGGUUAAAUGACAAGCAUGGUAUAGAUGUGUUAACAAUGGUGUGGAGUAGUGAGAGCUUGGAUGGUUUACAACAUGAAAUGGUUGAAACAGAAGUGCUUGACAUAUUAAAACCUCACAAGAGGCUGAAAGAGCUAUACAUUAGAGGCUACCAUGGUAUGAGUUUUUCAACUUGGAUAGGAGAUCCUUUGUUCUCCAAUAUAGUGUGCUUGAAGUUACAAAAUUGUAAAAAUUGCACUUCCUUACCGCCACUUGGACAACUACCCUCUUUGAAAGACCUUCACAUUGAAGGAAUGAGUGCUGUAAAGCAUGUGAGUUGUGAGUUCUACGGGCAGUGUUGCGCCAAACCUUUUCCAUUACUUAAGACACUAUGCUUUGAGAAUAUGUCAGAAUGGGAGGAUUGGUACAUUUUUGGAAUCGACAAGGAAGUUCAAACCUUCACUUGUGUUAGUAAGCUGUCCAUCAAAAAAUGUCCUGAACUUGUGGGAAUGUUGCCGAGUAAUCUUCCUUGCCUCAAAACUCUUGAGAUUAUAAAUUGCCCACAGCUGCUGGUUAAAGCUUCUAGCCUUAUUCUCCCGUCACUCACCUCUCUGUCCAUGAGUGAUGUUCGGCUUCCAAGCCUUCCAGUGCUCAUUGAGACAUGUAAUGUGCUUGAACCCAGUUCUCUUACUUGCUUAGAUAUUAGAAAUGUUUCAAUCCCUGAGUCUCUGUGCAAUCCAAGCAUAGAUGACGAAGUGAUGUUGGCAAAUGCAAUGUCUAAGCAUCUGAGUUCAAUAACUUCCUUGAGCAUUGAGAAGAUUCAGAAACUUGCAUUAUUGCCAAAAUGGCUUACCCAAGGGCUUAAAGGACUCAAAGAAUUGAAGAUUUCCAGUUGUAAAGAACUCACAACACUGUGGCAGAAUGAGGCAGGACUAUAA